AUGCAGGCGCACAAGCCGGAUGCCGAGGAGGCGAAGCUCGAGCGUGAGCUGCAUGCCGAUGCCGCGCAGCAGUCGACGCAGGAGACGGAGCGUCUUCCGUUCUCGUCGGUGGAGCUGACGCAGCCGACGCAGCGUGCGCUCGAUACGAUGGGAUUCAAGACGAUGACCGAGGUGCAGAGCCGCUGUAUCCCCCCGCUGCUUGCCGGCAAGGAUGUGCUGGGUGCUGCGCAGACGGGUAGUGGAAAGACGCUCGCGUUCUUGAUCCCUGCGAUCGAGAUGCUGCACCGCCUCAAGUUCAAGCCGCGCAACGGCACGGGCGCGGUGAUUAUCGCGCCGACGCGCGAGCUGGCGCUGCAAAUCUUUGGUGUGGCAAAAGAGCUCAUGGCGCACCACAGCCAGACGCUCGGUAUCAUUAUGGGCGGUGCCAACCGCCGUGCAGAGGCCGACAAGCUGCAGAAGGGUGUCAACUUGAUUGUUGCGACGCCCGGUCGCCUGCUCGACCAUCUGCAAAACACAAAAGGCUUCGUCUUUAGCAACCUGAAAGCGCUCAUCAUUGACGAGGCUGACCGUAUCCUUGAGAUUGGUUUUGAGGACGAGAUGCGCCAGAUUGUGCGUAUUCUCCCGAACGACAACCGCCAGUCGAUGCUCUUUUCGGCGACGCAAACGACCAAGGUACAGGACCUCGCGCGUAUUUCGCUGCGCCCCGGCCCUCUCUAUAUCAACGUGCACCAGCAGCUCGCCGCCUCGACCGUGUCGAAGCUCGAGCAGGGCUACGUCGUGUGCGACAGCGACAAGCGCUUCCUGCUCCUCUUUACCUUCCUGAAGCGCAACGCGGGCAAGAAGAUUAUCGUGUUUAUGAACUCGUGCAACAGCGUCAAGUACUACGGCGAGCUGCUCAACUAUAUCGACGUGCCGGUCCUCGACCUGCACGGCAAGCAGAAGCAGCAAAAGCGCAGCACGACCUUUUUCGAGUUCUGUAAUGCGAAGGGCGGCACGCUUCUGUGUACGGAUGUAGCGGCGCGUGGCCUCGACAUUCCCGCGGUCGACUGGAUCAUCCAGUUCGACCCGCCGGACGACCCGCGCGACUAUAUCCACCGCGUCGGCCGCACGGCGCGUGGCGGCAAGGGCGGCCGCUCGCUCCUGUUCCUCUUGCCGAGUGAGCUGGGCUUCCUGCGCUUCCUCAAGGUGGCCAAGGUGCCGCUCAACGAGUAUUCCUUCCCCCCGAACAAGAUCGCCAACGUACAGAGCCAGCUCGAGAAACUCAUUGCCAAGAACUACUACCUGCACCAAUCUGCCAAGGAGGGCUACCGCUCGUACAUCCAGGCGUACGGCUCGUACUCGCUUAAGCGGAUCUACGAUAUCAACGCACUCGACCUCGCGAAGGUCGCCAAGGCAUUUGGCUUCGCGACGCCGCCCAAGGUCAACGUGACACUCGGCACGGGCCUCAAGAGCGCCGGCCAGAAGCGCGGCAGCGAAGAGGACCAGCCGCAGAAGCGUCCGCGCAUGGGCCGUGCAUAG